AUACUUUUCCUUUCUCCUCCUUGCAUCCAUCGCAUGCGCAAUCCUUCGCCCUCUCCAUUUUCUGUCCUUUCUUUUGCCGUAAUCCACAUAAUAUUUUACUACGUUUUUAAAAGUAAACCCACAUAAUAUUUUACUAUUUUUUAAAUAUAAAUGGAUCCGAUCUUCGCUGGCUUCCCUCUCCUCCAAACGAAGGAUUUCGGAUAGCGUCGAUCUCAUCGAGAGAGAAAGGAAGGGAGAAGAAUUUGGGGAUGGGGAGGGAAACGUCGGCAGAUAUCGAGAUCAAGGUCUCGCCGAGUCGGGGGGAAAACAUCAUCCAUCCACCGGAGGCGAAUCCGACCUUUCCGCCGCCACCGCCGGAGCAAGCGGAGCUGCGGCCGUUCCGGCAGUGGACGCCUUGGCUGGUGCCGGUGUUCAUCGUCGCGAACGUUGUCAUGUUUGCCGUCACGAUGUACGUCAACAACUGCCCGAAGAAUUCCCCUAGGCCCUGUGUCGCCCCCUUCCUCGGGAGGUUCGCGUUCAAUCCCCUCAAGGAGAAUCCACUCUUCGGCCCUUCCUCAUCUACGCUAGAGAAGAUGGGUGCUCUAGAUGUGACUAAAGUGGUUAAGGAGCACCAAGGAUGGCGCCUGAUCACUUGCAUUUGGCUGCAUGCCGGAGUUAUCCAUAUACUUGCCAACAUGUUGAGCCUGCUUUUUAUUGGAGUUCAACUUGAACAAGAAUUUGGGUUUGUGAGAAUUGGCCUGCUAUAUGUCUUGUCUGGGUUUGGUGGGAGCUUACUCUCUGCUCUCUUUAUCCGAUCAAACAUCUCUGUUGGUGCCUCUGGUGCACUUUUUGGGUUACUUGGGGGCAUGCUUUCUGAGCUUAUAACCAAUUGGACAGUCUACGAAAAUAAGUUUGCAGCACUAUGGACCCUCAUAUUAAUCGUUGCAAUUAACUUAGCUCUGGGACUCCUCCCGCAUGUGGACAACUUUGCUCAUAUUGGAGGAUUUAUUUCAGGGUUCUUUCUUGGAUUUGUGUUUCUAAUUCGCCCUCAAUUUGGGUGGGUUGGCCAAGAGAAUGUUCCUCCUGGAUAUCACAUAGGGUCAGUCAAAAGCAAGCACAAGAUCUAUCAGUAUAUACUUUGGAUCCUUGCUGCUAUCUUUCUAAUUGUUGGGUUCACUGUUGGCCUAAUUAUGCUAUUUCGAGGGGUCAAUGCAAAUGACCAUUGCUCCUGGUGCCAUUACCUGAGUUGUGCCCCUACUUCAAGAUGGAGCUGCAAGUCAUCGGCCUCAUACUGCUUGCCAGCUCAAGAUAAAAAUGGUUUGAAUUUGACAUGCCAAGGCGAUGGAAGAAACCAAACCUUUUUCUUUCCUAGUGCAAGUGAAACUCGGAUAGAAGAGCUGUGCAGACAGCUUUGCAGUUGAUGAAGUCCAUUCCUUGUUUUUCUGGACCUUCAUUGAUUCUUUAUGUUGGUGAAGAUAUGCUUAUAGGCUUCUGUAGCUUAUCAGUAUUUUGUAAAAUAGGCAUUUGGGUUUCAUGUACUCUAUUAUUUUCAUAGGGAGGGUUCCUUGUAAAAGCCCCGAUACAUGGCUUGAAAUAAUAAUUUAUGGAUAGCUCAAUCUCAUAUCAAGAAUGUGCAAAUACAACAUCGCCGAUCAUCAAGUUGGAAGUGGAAGCCAAAACUCGAUGCUGAAAGAAAGGCUGACAGAAGCAAGGAACCAAAGAUGGUCAGCAGAUAGGUAGGUUCUCCUUAAUCCCAGUGGUAUACUAGUUCGGUCUGUUAGAAUAGCAGCUAUAAAGUUAUCAUUUGCUUGAAACUCUAGCUUGUGACAUGUGGCUCUGCCCGGAUUUUGAACUUUGCUUGAUGUCUUAAAACAAAUUGUGUCACAGACAAUUACCAGGGCCAAUCCACAACAUCAUGUUGAAAACCCGCUAGAUUAACAAUGCAUGGAUUGUGGUAGGACUAGAAUGAGCUUAGAAUCCGAACUUGCAAUACAUAUUUGUUUCAGAAAACAGCCACCUGUUGUACUAGUGUGCAUUGAUUUACUCAGACCCUGGGUGGCUUUGUUGCCAACGAGGAACUGAAAGUUCUGCGCAGGUAUUGGGACUGGAUGAUGGUAAUAUAAUGUCUGAUAUAUUUUUUUUUUU